GCAUCGGGCCCGCGGUGCGCGCUCGGGUCGCGGUGUGUUGGUCGGGGGCGCGCUCGGGUAACCUGUACCCCACGUAAUCGCCGGUUACCGAUCGGACUAAGUUCCAGUGGUGACAUACAAGUCAAGUUGAAAUGUCCCCAGAAGUGGCCUUGAACCGAAUUUCUCCUAUACUGUCCCCAUUCAUAUCUAGUGUGGUCCGGAAUGGGAAAGUGGGACUGGAUGCUACAAAUUGUUUGAGGAUAACGGACUUGAAAUCUGGCUGUACUUCACUGACUCCUGGACCUAACUGUGACCGAUUCAAACUGCACAUACCGUAUGCUGGAGAAACGUUAAAAUGGGAUAUCAUUUUCAAUGCCCAGUACCCAGAGCUGCCCCCUGAUUUUAUCUUUGGAGAGGAUGCCGAAUUCCUGCCAGACCCGUUGGCUCUACACAAUCUCGCCUCCUGGAACCCCACAAACCCUGAGUGUCUCUUGCUUGUGGUGAAGGAGCUGGUGCAGCAGUAUCACCAGUUUCAGUGUAGCCGCCUCCGCGAGAGUUCACGCCUCAUGUUUGAGUACCAGACGCUGCUGGAAGAGCCUCAGUAUGGAGAGAAUAUGGAAAUUUAUGCUGGAAAGAAGAACAACUGGACUGGUGAAUUUUCAGCUCGUUUCCUUUUGAAGUUGCCAGUGGAUUUCAGUAAUAUUCCUACAUAUCUUCUCAAGGAUGUAAAUGAAGAUCCUGGUGAAGAUGUAGCCCUUCUUUCUGUCAGUUUUGAGGACACUGAAGCCACCCAGGUGUACCCCAAGCUGUACUUGUCACCCCGAAUUGAGCAUGCUCUGGGAGGCUCUUCAGCUCUCCACAUCCCAGCUUUUCCAGGAGGAGGAUGUCUCAUUGAUUAUGUUCCUCAAGUGUGCCACCUGCUCACCAACAAGGUGCAGUAUGUGAUUCAAGGGUAUCACAAAAGAAGAGAAUAUAUUGCUGCUUUCCUCAGUCACUUUGGCACAGGUGUUGUGGAAUAUGAUGCAGAAGGCUUUACAAAACUCACUCUACUGCUGAUGUGGAAAGACUUUUGUUUUCUUGUACACAUUUAUAAGAUGGCUAUCUGUAAGCACACAGCUGAAUUCUCUGUGAAGUGCCUGGCCAUGCCAGAGAUGAAAGGAAAAAGCUGCCUCCCAUUCAUGGACUUCUUGGGGGAAACAUACACCUUAGGAUUUUCAGCCAUUGUCCCAUUGAUCUGCCCUUGUUUUUUCCUCGAGAUCAGCCAACACUCACGUUUCAGUCCGUCUAUCAUUUUACCAACAGUGGACAGCUUUACUCCCAAGCCCAAAAAAAUUAUCCAUACAGCCCCAGAUGGGACGGAAAUGAAAUGGCCAAAAGAGCAAAAGCUUAUUUCAAAACCUUUGUCCCUCAGUUCCAGGAGGCUGCAUUUGCCAAUGGAAAGCUCUAGGAAACACCAGUGUUGAAAGGUGGCCAGCCAGACUGCAUGGUCCACAUGCGUGUCAGCACACAUGGCUGCUUCCUGGAAGCCGCCUGGAGCGUCUUCACUGCAGUGUUCUGCUCACACAGCAAGUCCGCUCGCCCCAGGCAGCCCGCUCUGCUGGAGCCCGAACUCCAGCUGCCUGGUGGUACCCUGGAUCCUAGCGCCCAUCGCUGCUGGUUGUUCCCUCUUCUUUCAUUAUAUUUCUUAGCUGGAAGAAAUAAACUCACAAGUGGUAAUGCAGUAAUUUUCCAGGAAAAGUAAAACGUCAUAAAUACACACAGCCUUCU